GGCAAUAUUGCAACUUGUCACUUGCGGAGGUCUGUAAGCCUUCAAUUGCUGGAUGAACGUGUUUGGAGUUGGCGCUCGAUUCUGCCGAACACCCUUUCUGAGCUUCUGCUCUCGUAGACUGUUUGCUUCAUCAAUGGUACGAGCAGUGCCUCACCUGGGCGCCCAAACACAAACCAUGGCUAUCAAGCCAGUGUCAGAUGGAAUAGCCAUGGAGGCCGCCAAAACCAUCCAUACGCCGCGAGACCCCAAUACACUUUCCAACUACAAUGCGUGGAGAACGAAACACACGGCGGCGGACUUCAAUGUUGAUUUCGAGGGCAAACGAUUGACCGGCAUAGUUCACUUGACGCUGGAGAGCUUGGCGAGUGAGAAGCAAAUCGUCCUUGAUACAAGCCAUCUGGAGAUCCUAGGGGUAGACAUAGAGGGCGACCAAGUGCAGUGGAAGCUGAACCAGAAUCGUAUCGAGCCAUAUGGUAGCCCUCUGACGAUUCACCUGGACGACAAGCAUAGCAAGACAGCCGGCUCUGAGAUCACGCUCCGCAUUGGGGUCAACACCACAAAGGACUGCACAGCUCUCCAGUGGCUCACUCCAGCGCAAACUAGCAACAAGAAGCAUCCAUACAUGUUCAGCCAAUGUCAGGCGAUUCACGCACGAUCGCUUCUACCAUGUCAGGACACUCCCGACGUAAAGAGCACAUACACUUUCAACAUCCGAUCCCCUCUGCCCGUGCUAGCCUCGGGAUUACCCACAGGUGUGAGAGACUUUGUUCCUGGAAAAGAAGGGAAGCCGGGAACUCUUCUCUACUCCUUCCAUCAGAAGAUUCCGAUGCCGUCAUAUCUCUUCGCAUUGGCGAGUGGUGACUUGGCUUCUGCCUCCAUUGGCCCUCGAUCACAAGUCUGGACUGGCCCCGAGGAAUUGACCGCGGCGCAAUGGGAGUUUGAGGCAGAUACCGAGAAGUACAUCCAGAUCGCCGAGAAGAUUGUUUACGAGUACCCGUGGACUACCUACAAUGUUCUCGUUCUACCUCCGAGCUUCCCCUAUGGCGGAAUGGAAAACCCACAGUACACAUUUGCCACACCCACAGUGGUAUCCGGAGACCGACAGAACGUCGAUGUUAUCGCUCACGAAUUGUCUCACUCGUGGAGCGGCAAUCUCGUCUCAAACGCAUCCUGGGAGCACUUUUGGCUUAACGAAGGCUGGACCACGUACCUCGAGCGUCGCAUUCAAGCUGAUUAUCACGGUGGAGACGAACACAGAGACUUCUCGGCUAUCAUCGGCUGGAAGGCGCUAAGUGACAGCAUUGAGCAAUUCGGCGAAGACCACGAAUUCACGAAGCUGAUACCUGACCUCAAAGGAAAGGAUCCUGACGAUGCUUUCUCCAGCGUGCCUUACGAAAAAGGAUUUACCUUUCUCUACACGCUUGAGAAACUCAUCGGCAAGGAUAAAUUUGACAAAUUCAUUCCACAUUACUUCACGACCUUCAAGAAGCGAUCAGUGGACAGCUACGAGUUCAAAGCUACUCUCAUCGAAUUCUUCGCCUCGGACGCAGAGGUGACCAAGAAGCUGAAUGACCUCGAUUGGAACACUUGGUUCUACAAGCCUGGGUUCCCACCAAAGCCCGACUUCGACACUACUCUUGCUGAUCAGGCUCUUGCCCUCGCCAAUAAGUGGGAGGCAUUAAGCACAGGCUCCUCGAAAGAUUUUGAGCCUAGCAAGUCCGAUAUCGCAUCCUUCUCCGCUUUGCAAAGCGUUGUGUUUUUGGAGAAAGUCCAGACCUUUGAUAAACCUCUGCCCACCGAGCUCGUCGAGCUGAUGGGCAACACUUAUGGCUUCGAGACAAGCAAAAACGUUGAAGUCGUCUCUCGAUACUUGAUAGUCGGACUCCAAGCUCAUGCGAAGAGUGUCUUCGAGCCUACUGCAAAGCUACUCGGUGAAGUCGGACGUAUGAAAUUCGUACGACCAUUGUACAAGCAGUUGAUUCAGAAUGAUAUGGCAUUGGCGAAGAAGACGUUCGCGAAGAACCAGGACUUUUAUCACCCCAUCUGUAAGAGCAUGGUGGAGAAGCUGUUCGAAAAGGCAUAGUGCUCGCGUGACAAAGAUAUUAAGAGAUACGAUUCAAUAUCAUUGUCUUCAGAAGCUGCAGGGAUUAGACACAGUUCUGUUGCAUCCCACGAACGCCCAGUAAGGUAUCGAUGACUCUUGGAUGAGUCGCAGAGUCAAAAACCGAUCAUCACCGUAUAUCCGUUCGCUGUCGUUCUGCGUAGUACAUGAAUCUGAGUCAAGGCUACCUACCUAGGUAUCCAGGUAUAUCUUCAACUGCG